ACAACUCUAAUGUCAGUUUAAUAAAAUUGAAAUACUUUUAAGCGUUUAAUAUUGUUUUUGUGUGCUGCCGCAACUUAGUUUUCAUACAAAAAGAUCUAAUAAAUAAUUUCACCGAACCGUCAGGGAAGCCGCGCGUUAUUUACGCAACAAUAGAACUAGCCAAAUCAACAAUAACAACAACAACAACUGCAGCAGCAACCAGAGGCAGAGGCAGAAGAAGAAGAAGAAUAUCAACGAUAAAACAACAACAAUAAGAACAAGAACGAACGAAUAACAAGAAGACGGACACAAGGCACACAAAAAUCUCACAAUCAUGGCGAACAUGGCAGUAUCACGUAUCAAGCGCGAAUUCAAAGAAGUAAUGCGCAGCGAGGAGAUUGUGCAGUGCUCGAUCAAAAUUGAGUUGGUCAACGACAGCUGGACAGAGUUGCGCGGCGAGAUUGCCGGUCCGCCCGACACGCCCUACGAGGGCGGCAAGUUUGUGCUGGAAAUCAAAGUACCCGAAACAUAUCCUUUCAAUCCACCCAAAGUUCGCUUUAUCACCCGCAUUUGGCAUCCGAAUAUUUCGUCAGUGACUGGCGCCAUUUGCCUGGACAUUCUAAAGGACAAUUGGGCAGCGGCGAUGACGUUGCGAACUGUGUUAUUAUCGCUGCAGGCUCUGUUGGCCGCUGCCGAGCCGGAUGAUCCGCAGGAUGCGGUGGUCGCCUAUCAGUUCAAGGACAAGCACGAACUGUUUCUGCUCACUGCCAAGCACUGGACAAAUGCCUAUGCUGGUGGACCGCACACGUUUCCCGAUUGUGAUUCAAAGAUACAGCGCCUCAAGGAUAUGGGCAUCGAUGAGCAUGAUGCACGGGCUGUGCUCUCCAAAGAGAAUUGGAAUCUGGAGAAGGCCACAGAGUGUCUAUUCAGUUAGCUUUACAGCAGCAGCAGCAACAUCACAACAACAGCAACAGCAACAAUACAACAGCAGCAACCACAACAAUAUAAUAGAAAAUUCUAUAAUUCACUUAAAUGAAACAUACAAAAUACAAUCCAAAAUUCUAGUAAACAGCUGCCGCAGCAAGCCACAAUCAAUCAAUCAACAACAACAACAACAAAAACAACAGCGUGCAACAUGCAACAAUGUUUAAUUCAAAAUAAUUCAAUUUAGCAAACUCUGACUUUAUUUAUUGAAAUUUUAUUAUUAUUCUUGCUUUUUUUUUGUUUGUUAACAUUUCAUUUCAAAAUUCAUUUGCUGUGUGUAAUUUAAGUUUUUUUCAACCGCAACAACUGCUGACUUAAACUGGCUCUCACUUUUAUCCAGCUUUUUUCCCCCAAACAUUUUCUUCACAUCCUUGAAAAAUUCUAUCAUUUUUGCCAUAAACAAAUCUUUUCGUUUAUAUUUAUAGAAUAAAAAAAGUGAGUGCCAGUUUAGGCCACAAUUGUUCUUAUUAUUUUUGGAGUGCAGCUACAUAUAUAUAUAAACGGAUAUAUAUAUAUAUAUAUAUAUCUGUUUAUUGUGUUUUGCGUAUUCCUGCUACAGGUUGAGCCUAAGGCCUCCCCAAACAUUUGAAUAUGUUAUGUAAUAGAACCCAGGGUUCCGUUUUGUGCAUCCGCAUUUAUUGUUAAGCAAAAAAAAAA